AUGAGGGGGACAGCGAGCAGCAAGGUGAAGACAGCGAAUGCAAAGGAGGGGGGGAGAAUCAGGACCAGUAGUACCCCCCGGAAAAAGAUUCUACCGCCAGUGGAGGCCAAAAGAGACGACGCUUUUGCUGGCGACAAGCUGUUGGACUUUGGCGCCAGCUUCAGCCCCGCAGAGCGCGGCUCGGAGUUGUUCCUCCGCAAAGCCAAGCAGCCCGUCUCCGGCGGGAGAGCCUUUGGCGCUGGAGAUCGCCAUAACCGUCUUCAUCGCAGCGCCAGCUUCCCCGCUGUCGGGGUCACUCCCUCCGAGAUGGCCGAACUCGCAGCGCUCAAAGCGCAGCUCUCAGCCGCGCUCCACAUCCCCUCCCCCUCGGCUGCCCGCAGGAAGGACCCCCCGCCUGAAAGCCAAGCCGCAAUACCCGAAACCCUGCUGAAGAGCCCGCUGAAGAGCCCGCUGAAGGGCCCCCAAAAGAGCUUGCUUGUGAAAACAAAGAGCGUUGGGGGGGUGCCGGAGGUUGAUCUUUCCGGGGGGGUAGAGGAGCCCCCAGCUGUCCCAGCAGAUGUGCCCCUGGCGGCAGAAGCUGCCUUCUCCGCACCUCUCAAGAGCCCCAAGUCGCCUUUAAAGGCGCUCUCCGGCGGGGCAGUUGCACAGCCUACCAAGUCCCCCGCCGAGAAGCCGCGCACCGCCUCACCCCGGCGCUCGAGCUCGCCUCUGCGGAAGCCCGUCGCCUCUCCCAAGGCUGCCUCGCCGAAGGGCCCUGUUCCGACCAAGGACGCGCCUUCCCCCACCUCGGCGCGGAGCACUUCGGGUCAAACAGGCUCCCCGAGCCCCAGCCCCAAGUCGCCCAGUGUGAAAAAGCCCCCACCCGCCCCCAGGAACAAACCCGUCUUGGAAGUCGACGUCCCCGCUCGCCCGAGCCUGGUGACCUCACUCCUCGCGAGCCCCGGAAGGGGAUCCCCCCGUAGCAGCCCCUCUUCUCUUCACUCCCCCGCGUCCAGCCCCUCUAGGAGCCCCCUCCGCGCGAGGCGCGCCUCUUCCCCCUCGGGGGCGUCUUCGCUGAUGUCACCCACGGCGGCGAGCCUCAACAAGGCAAUCCCCGGGAGCCCCCAGGCGCGAUCCCCGAGCCCCAGCCGACUCUCGCGGUCGCAGUCCGUUGGAGGCGACGAGAAAACGCCGUCCCCCCGAAUGUCAGCCGUGCGGAGCAACUCGCUUCCGGUGAAUCUCGACAGACUACCGGGGUUGGGCAAGACCCGGCGGGCGUCGAGCCCGACGCCCGGCGUGCGGGCGGGCACGCAAGGGGGCUCGGAAAAGCGCGUGGGGAGCCCCGGGCGGGCGAAGCUGAAGCCGGCGGUGCCGAAACGGGAGGUGACGAAGAGGGAACUAGGCACGAGGAGACUGUCGGACGUGUCGUCUGGGUCGAGCGAGGAGUUGGUCGAUUUGGGAGAGCCGACGUCGCUUCUGCCCGACGAUCUUGCGCCGUCUGAGGAGGGGUCACAGUCCGUGAGUGAGCUGGUUUCUUCCCAGGGAGGAAGCGGCGAGGUGCCAGCAGAAGAGGCCCUGUCUGAUAAGGCUGCAGACAAGGAUGCUGACAUAAUCAGCGACGGGAAGGAUGAUGUCAGAAGCAACUGGAAGGCUGACGUCAGCAAAGACGGAGCUAAGCUGGUUGCGGAGGCUGAGGGCAAGGUGGCGGUUCCUGAAGCAGUGGAUGAGGCGGGUCAAGAAGCAGCAAAUGAUACGCCGACUAGAGAAAUUGAACAGAUUGGGAGUGGUGGAGAGGGAAACGGUGAAGUUAUUAAGGCGGUUCGGGAGGACGAUCAAGAAUCCAAGAAGGGCGGGGUGCAGCAAAUGGUCGCUUCCGUGAACGCAACCUCCGCUAAAUCGAACGAGGCCGCUACUUUCGCUUUUGCCAAGCACGCUGACGUCAUCAAGGUGCAGGAGGUGGAGACCGAGACGCAGGUCGAGUUUGGCGCGGGGGAGUUCCCCUCAGCUGCUAGCCGCGGGCUCAUUCUCGAGGACGACUCGCUGGAGAUGCUCCCGGGGGCGCCUCUCGUGGCCGCCAAUCGCGUCACCAAUCCAGAGGGGGGGGCAGCUUCAGCUGGGACUCCUAGUGUGCACGGAGGGGGGGAAACGAAACAUGGCUCGCUUUCGGAGCCCAGUGCUGAGGUCCAGAGGAAACAAGUGGUGUCGAUCAGCGAGAAAGAGCGGCGCCGGGCCGAGGUCGCGAACCUGCUGGCGGCGUUACAGGAGCGGGAGGAGAUCGACUACAUUGCGCGCCUCGUGCGCAGGGCGCAGCGCGAGAAGGCGCAGCUCUCGCGGCCGGCCAGGCCCGAGGACGACCCCCCCAGCGUGACGAGCAGCCUCGACAGCCUGGGGUCGGCCGGGGCGCAUUUCGAAAAGGGGGGGGAGCCCGAUGGGGAGAGCGUUCAGAAGGCGGGCGAAGUACAUAGGACGAGCGCGGAGAAAGCGCCUGAGGCCCCCAGGAAGAGCUCUGAGGAGGGCACGAAGGUCUCUACUGCGGAGAAGUUCGACGACAUCAGCCCCCCGGAAGCUGAGGGUCCGGCGGGGCUUGCGGGGUGGAGCAAGAUUUUGGGUGCGAGCGAGGGGGGCGAGACGGCGGUGUGGGUGGAUGCGGGAGCAAGGGUUUUGGAACCCCCUGAAGAGAAAGCCACGGACGCAGUGCUACAGGCAGUGGAGACGGUUGUCUCUUCCAAGGGGGUGCCUGAGGAGCCAGAGCGGAGGGUGGUGCAAAGCCGGGCCGAGGUGGGGGUUGUGCAGGGAGAGGAAACCGCAGUUUCCGUUAGCAAGAUGGAGGUGGCUCCCAUGGCUGGUGUUCGGGACCGAGGAUUGGAGAGCUCGUCCCCUACGGUCGACGCGAAGGAGCCACCCCGGCGCAAGGAAAGCGCCACCAUCAGCAUGCCCGAGAAACCCGCUAGGGGUGCGGCCGAGGGGCCCGAGACCGGGCUGUGGGACACCCACCCCAGCCCGACGUCUCCGCUGGACUUCCUGGACGAGAUGCAGGACACCCCCGGACCAGUCGCUAAACCGACUUCCCACGAGAAGUCGCGCUUCCGAAAGGCGCCGAGACCCGACCUAAGGAACCCUGUGGUUUACGUCGAGACCGCGCUCGCACAUGCGGGGCUCACGGCGCCCGAGCCGCACCCGCUGCCCGAGUGGUUUAGCCAAACCGAGGUCCUUAACCCGGCGCUCUUCCAGGAGCUGGAGCGCCAGGUCGACGCGGACCUCCUCCCGUCCGGUGGCCACCGCAAGGGCGCCACGUGGCGCCUCUCGCUCGACUCGACCGCGCUGCGCGACGCGUACUCGCGGCCGCACACCCCCCGCAAGGAGGGCUACCCGGACCGCCGGAUGCUGUUCGACCGCAUGGACGAGGUGCUGGGGGAGCUGCUCGCGCCGCACCGCGGCCCCCCCCUCGGGAAGCGGCGGCUGCGGCCGUUGCGGCGCCCGGGCCGGCGGCGCGCGCGGCGGCGGCGCGAGUGCGACGGACGACGGACCCCGGCCGGGUCCGGACCGGUCGGCG